GGAGGGGGGUUGGGGGGUGGGUGAAGCGUUUGAUAAUUCUACCAAAUUCAUUCCGAGCCCGUGAUGAACAUUUAUUAUCUGUGGGGUAUGACCACUUUGGUGAGCAGUGAGUCGACUUGAACGCCGUCCUGCGAGGGGAUGGAUACUAUAAAGGAACGAGUCUUUGCCCCCAGCAAAGAGGGCAUCAAAAAUUUUGCUGGAAAAUCGCUCGGACACCUGUACAAGGUUUUGGAGAAAAAGCAGGGGACAGGGGAGAACAUCGAGCUGACAGAGGAUGGCAGGGUCCGGGAAGCCAGGCCGAAGAAACCGGUGCUGUGUGACUGUACCUGCUUCGGAUUGCCUCGCAGGUACAUCAUUGCCAUCAUGAGCGGCCUCGGCUUCUGCAUCUCCUUUGGCAUCAGGUGUAACCUCGGUGUGGCCAUAGUGGACAUGGUCAACAACAGCACCAUUCACCAAGGGAAUAAAAUCAUCAAGCAGAAAGCGAAGUUCAACUGGGAUCCCGAAACUGUGGGAAUGAUCCACGGAUCUUUUUUCUGGGGAUAUAUCGUUACUCAGAUCCCUGGAGGUUACAUUGCGUCCAGAUUGGCAGCCAACAGAGUGUUUGGUGCUGCUAUCUUUCUCACCUCCACUCUCAAUAUGAUCAUCCCAUCUGCAGCUAAAACCCAUUUUGGCUGUGUAAUCUUUGUCAGGAUCCUUCAGGGACUGGUGGAGGGAGUCACGUAUCCAGCCUGCCAUGGCAUAUGGAGUAAAUGGGCUCCACCACUAGAGAGGAGCAGGCUGGCAACCACCUCGUUUUGUGGUUCGUACGCAGGCGCUGUAAUUGCCAUGCCUUUAGCUGGGAUUCUGGUGCAAUACACAGGAUGGCCAUCUGUGUUUUAUGUCUACGGGUCUUUCGGAAUAGUGUGGUACAUGUUCUGGAUUCUGGUGUCUUAUGAAAGUCCAGCUGCACACCCCACGAUCACAGAGGAGGAGCGCACCUACAUUGAAGAAAGCAUUGGUGAAAGCGCCAAUCUUUUCGGAGGAAUCGAUAAAUUUAAGACACCAUGGAGAAAAUUCUUUACCUCUAUGCCAGUCUAUGCAAUAAUUGUGGCAAAUUUCUGUAGAAGCUGGACUUUCUACUUGCUGCUCAUUAGUCAACCUGCCUAUUUCGAAGAGGUGUUUGGAUUUGAAAUCAGCAAGGUGGGAAUGGUAUCAGCUUUGCCCCAUCUUGUCAUGACAAUUAUAGUGCCGAUUGGUGGCCAGAUUGCAGACUUCCUCAGAGCUAAGAGGAUACUGUCCACCACGAAUGUCAGAAAGAUUAUGAACUGCGGCGGCUUUGGUAUGGAAGCAACCUUUCUCCUUGUAGUGGGCUACUCACAUAGCAAAGGCGUUGCCAUUUCAUUUCUCGUUCUGGCUGUUGGCUUUAGUGGAUUUGCUAUAUCAGGAUUUAAUGUGAACCAUUUGGAUAUAGCACCAAGAUAUGCCAGUAUUCUCAUGGGAAUUUCCAAUGGUGUGGGAACACUAUCCGGAAUGGUUUGCCCAUUGAUCGUUGGAGCAAUGACCAAACACAAGAGCCGUGAGGAGUGGCAGUAUGUGUUCCUGAUUGCUUCCCUGGUCCACUAUGCAGGAGUCAUAUUUUAUGGAUUAUUUGCAUCCGGUGAAAAGCAGCCAUGGGCAGACCCUGAACAAACGAGUGACGAAAAGUGUGGUUUUAUACAUGAAGAUGAACUGGCAGAAGAAACUGAGGACAUUACUCAGAAUUAUGGCACCCAAGGCACUGCAAAGUCUUACGGGGCCACCACUUAUAGCAAUGGUGGCUGGCCCACUGGAUGGGAGAAGAGGGAAGAGUUUGUGCAGGAAGAAGUUAAAGAUUCUUACCACUAUAAAGAACAUGAAGAAGGGGACUAUUCAUAACAGAAAAAAAAAGUCUAUUAGAUAUUUUGUAGUGUUUGUGUCCAGACUCAUUGUGAUUGUUUGCACAGAAAUUUGUGGUGUAAGUGUCCACACAUAUCAGAAUGGCAAGGUGUUAAAAUGUACAAAAAAUUAACCAUGCAGCGUUCGAGUGCAAUCUGUACAAAAUGGUGGUGUGUCUCAUCUCAAUUCAAGCUUUGCCAUUUCAGAAAGAUGAAGGCUUUUGAGCUUUGCUGGCUGACCAGUGGAAACGUUAGUGAGAGGUGCUGGUGGGGAAAAAAAUACAGGUCAGAUUGACUGGUUGGUUGUUGGGAAGCAGGACAAUUGAAUACCUUGGAGAGGGGACUGGUCAGUCAAUCAAAUAGAAGAUAAAUCCUUACGUAAUAAUUACUUGAAGUAAGCGUUAGUUUUGGUUUGAUUUGGUGUCAGAUGUUAUAAUAAUUUUUUAAAAAGAACUUUAGUAGAUCUCAGCCAAAGUUUUAUGCAUAUGAUAUAGAACGUUCAGACACCAGGGACGCAAAGGUACCUGUAAUUGAUUGGAAACAAGGAAAUCCUCACUAUCUGACACAAACCCAUGCUAUAUAUUCUUAGUAAAAUACUUUCAACUAUAAAGUUCCAAAACUAGAAAAUGGUUAGGCAUUUUACUCACUUUAUAGUUAAAUUGCAUGCUGGUGUCUACCUUGUAAUUCCAUCUUAGAUACAUACAAUCUUCAAUUUUCCACCAAAACCAAACAAACAGUUUAGAUAUUGCAAACCUAAGUAUUGCAAUAAAACGUUUGCAACAAGGUUUUGCUGUAGAGCACUUAUAUUAAUAAUUUCAUGUGAACUAUGAAUAUUCUAGAUCAGUAAAUAGCUUUUUUAAAAAAAGAAAAACAUUUAAUGCUGCUAACAUCUUAGAAGUUAUUCAUCAAUUGCACAAACCAAACCUGUGCAAAAUUGUUAACUUACCUUAAAGUACUGAGUAGAUAUUCACGUAAUCCCAGAGUUAGGAUUUUCAUCAAAUCAUUUGACUGCAAACAGCAAAGGAGUUUUGAGUAACAAUCCCCAGUAGAAACCAAAGGUGGCAUGCCUUAUCAUCUUUUGGAAUAGCAUCAUUCCUUACUGGAAAAAAACAUUUCCUUCCUAGUUAUUGGAUUCAGCAAGGACUGCAGCAUUUGUGUACAAAGCAAUAAAUCCACGUAGUAGACUGCAUUGUCCCGUACUCUUAUAUGUGUUCCACUAAUGUAGUUUGAUGUAGAUGCUUUUGGUCGUAGGUAACAAUGCUGAAUUCAGCAUCACCACAAACUGGCUUGAGAGAAAACCACACGUUGGAUUGGAAUUAUGGUCCACAGAUGACUGCAGUUCCCAAAACAUGUCAAACAUUUGUUGCUAUACUGUGCAUCUCAGGUGGUGUAUGGAAGGGGGUUGUUAUGUGUUGGCUAUACCUGUACUAUGGGUGGAGACUGUUUUAGUGUCUGUUGUCCCAGUAUACAAGUCAAGAAUGGCUUCUAUCACUAAUGGAGAAAAUUAUUUGACCUGAAGGUCAUACCCUUGCUUUGUGCCUCAAAGUGAUGUGAAAUGUGGUCAUGCCAUGCUGUGUACUUUGGAAAGAUGUGGACUGUGUCACUUUCGUUGCUGCCAAAAGUGUUAAUAAAAAGCUCUAUCUAUA